UGCUAUUUUAAGGGGCGCAGAUCCCUCGCACCUCUUCCUUUGGCCGGUCUUCUGUACUCUGAACUCUGAAGUCGGGUCAAGUAUUGUUGCUUAUACAGCUGUCAAGAUGAAGUCGGCCUAUCUGCUUGGUGUUUUGGCCUACGGCCUCCGUGUGAGAGCUGCGCACAUCCCGGGACCCGCAGCUGAUGUUGUUGCUAGACAGUUCGACUGGGGCAAUGGCGAUGACUGGCCCUGGGGCGGAGGCGGCGGAGGCGGAAGCGGAGGCGGAAGCAGCGCAUGUGAAUGGGAAGACCACUGCCUUGGCGAUCCGUGCGAGACCGAGAAUGACUGCGACGGUGACCUCAUCUGCCGAUCCGGCCGCUGCGCCAACCCAGGAGGCGCCCAGCCAACCAGCAGCCGACGUCCAACCGGUCGGCCGACCCCGACCCCGACCCGUCGACCAACCACAUCGGCGAGGCCAACUCCGCCCAGGCCAACUUCGGUUAUCAGGACCACCACCGUCUUCGUCACCGUCAGGCCGACGCCGACGCCCACGCGGCCCGCUCCGGAUCCGACUUGCGAGUGGACUGGUCAUUGCGCAGGCGACCCAUGCGAGACCGAGAUCGACUGCGACGGCCAGCUGAUUUGCAUCGCGGGCGCAUGUGGCGCGGCACCGGGCGGGGGCGCGCCGGUUCCCAGCACCACCCGCCGACCGUCGGUGCCUUUCCCUACGCGCCAGCCGACCAGCCGCCCCGCGAGCACCCGGACGACGGCCAGGCCCCCGACUAGCUCCCAGAGACCUUCUUGCGGCGACAGUCCGCUUGCGUGCCUCGGGGUGAGCUGCCGGACGAAUGCUGAUUGUGGAUUCGAAUUGAUCGUUUGCAGAGAUGGCGUUUGCAGUCUUUGAGUAAUUGCUGCUGCUGAUGAUGGUUGGCAGUUGCGAGUUGGGUUCAUUUUGGCUUUCUUUCAGAUAAAAAUCACUUGUAGCAGUUUGGCACUCAAAUCGGCCCUGUCUUGUUCGCUCAGGUGCUCCUUCCUAACUGAACUGGCAAUCUGCCGUGGUCUUCCAUCUCAUCUUGCCGACGUAAACAAAUCUCGAAAGGGGCCAAUACGCACUGACGAGGAAAGUACUACCGGUACCCUGGCCUAAAUUAGUACAGUACAGUG